UGAAAAAUCUAGAAUAUGUAACAAUAAAAAACGGAUGGAGUAAAUAGGUUUCUGGAUCCACCCGCGAAAAGAGUAAACAUGCAUGAUAUGUAACGAAUACAUAAAUUAUAGUACUGCUUUGACCAGGCCUUAACGAAUACAUAAAUUACGGUACUGCUUUGACCAGGCAUGUAUUUACUGCUUUAUUUAUCUCUUCUCUCAUUUUAAUGCAAAAGAUUCUAUCUUCAUAUUUAUGGCAAACUGUCUCGUUGUGUAUUUUAAAAUAACUAAUUCAAAAUUUGGAAGCCUAUUAAAUAAAAAUAAAACGAAAUAUUCAGAACUUAUUAUUUGGAACUUGUCAAAAGAAAGCACAAAAUUAGGGAGUUAGAAACAUUGCGAAGUGUGCACACUUUGUCCAGAGCUUAAGAAUCGACCACGUGUGACAGUGUCCGGAAAUUCCAACUUUAACUUCGCUAUUAUCCGCCACAUCAGUUUUCUCUAAUGCGUGACACAUUCAUAUCAUAAACGUCAUAUUUACCUCAUGCAACAUCACUCCUCUCUCGCUCUAUUAUAAGACCAUAACACAGAACAAGGCCUUUUGGUCGUUUAACGAUGGCGUCAAAUGAUAAAGUUCCGGUGGCGUGUCCGGCAAGCACCGGAGAAGGUAAGGAGCCUAUGGGAGAUCCGACGAAGACCACAACGGCAAUGUUAGACAAAGGAACGGCUAUGUUUCAGUCUAUGAAACCGAUCAAACAAAUGAGUCUACAUGUGUGUUCAUUCGCUUGCUAUAGUCACGAUCCUGGCCGUCAGAUCGAGGUUCAUAUGUACGGUCACCGUGUAAACCAAGACUUUCUCCAAUGUGCCGUCUACGAUUCCAAUUCCGCUAAGGCUCAUCUCAUCGGGAUCGAAUAUAUAGUGUCAGAGAAGUUAUUCGAAAGUCUCUCACCCGAUGAACAAAAGCUUUGGCACUCGCAUGACUACGAAAUCCAGAUGGCUCUUCUAGUAACUCCAAGGGUCCCAGAGCUCGUUGCGAAGCCGGAGCUUAAGAAUCUUGCCAAAUCUUACGGAAAAUUUUGGUGUACAUGGCAAAUCGAUCGAGAUAGAUUACCACUAGGUACACCAUCAUUAAUGGUUUCGCCGCAAGACGUGAGUCUCGGGAGGAUAAAACCGGAGCUGGUGAAAAAGAGAGAUGAAGAACAUGGAAUCUCGACGGAAUCGUUGAAGCCGUCACGGGAAGAGAUUUGCGGACCGGAGAAAAAGAAUCUGAUUGCUGAUUAUUGGGUUCGGUUUAGGAAAGGCUUUGCGAUUGAUGUUGUUGAGACAGAUAUGAAGAGGACAGCUCCCUUCCCGUGACAACUUCUGUUUUUUUUUUUUUUUUUUUUGAGAAAGUGCUUGAAACCUUCUGUUUAUUUGUUUUUUCCCUUGAUGAAUCUUGAGACAUUUUAUGUUCGUAAGCUUAUAUCAUAAUGUGGUAAGAAACUGAUCCAAGUUUUUUGAGAGGCAUGUUUUAAGUUUUUUAUAGGUCGUGUAACUAUGAAAAAUGUCACAAAUAAUAUUAUAUAUCAAAAAAUAUAAUAUAUCUUUUGUGUCAAAACUAGGUCUAGUGUUACACUAAUUAAUGGUAGUGGAAAUAUAUGAUCGUCGACAUAUGGUUUAAAAUAUGUACAUCAUUAAUCUAUUUUAUGCAACAAUUGUUUAGUGAGAAACAAUUAUGACUUGAUUAUACAAUAAAAGCACUAAAAAUCAAAUAUCAAGGUAUACACGUAUUUGUUCUAAAAAAUCCGUUUCAUUUUAAGACGAUAAAAUAAGUGUUGUUUUAGAAUUUUAAUACAACAUUUAUAAUAGUUAAUACAAUAUUUAUAUAUUAUA